UCUCUCUCUUUUUCCCUUUCAAAAUCAUAUACUCUUUGAGUUAUAGCCUUAUGAACAUGGAUGUGUGCCAAAAUGUAUCAGUUUCCGGCGAGUGCAAGCAAGAGAAGGUCCUUACCCCUUCUUGCUCAAAGCUUUCUACCUUCUCAAGCAGCCUUGAUGACCUCUUCUCUGCUCAGAACACGGAAGUGGAUGUUGGCUUGGAAUGGCUUUCAGUAUUUGUUGAAGACUGUUUUUCCAGCCCCCCAAGUUGUGUCUUGGUACCUAAUGGUGUUAAGACUACAAGCACAAGCACAAGCUCCAAACCUUCAGGCACAUUGCAGAGAACCCGGAAAAAUGAGUCACCUUUGCAAAAUUUUGCUGUGCCUGGGAAGGCUAGAAGCAAAAGGAAAAGGCUUUCAGCUCCUAGAACAAAAGACCCUUUAAGCAUAUGGUCACGCCAUUUAAACCCACAAAAUGAAGCCUUGAGUUCUGACCCUCCUCUUCUCAAACAGGCUUAUUGGUUGGCUGAUAGUGAACUCAUUGUUACUAAACAGAAGGAAGAGAGUGAGGGGAUCAAAGAAGAAGAAGAAGUGGUGGAGAAGGGGAUUGUGAGCAAGGAAAGCUUUGUGGACUCUGAGAGUGAAGUUAGCAAUGGUCAACAUCCAAUGCCAAGGAGGUGCACACAUUGCCUUGCACAGAGGACCCCACAGUGGAGGGCAGGACCCUUGGGUCCAAAGACACUAUGCAAUGCAUGUGGAGUGAGGUACAAGUCUGGUAGGUUACUACCUGAGUAUAGGCCAGCCAAGAGUCCUACUUUUGUGAGCUACUUGCACUCCAAUUCCCACAAGAAAGUUAUGGAGAUGAGGAUGGCUGUUCCUUCUUCCAUUCCUAGUGAGCAGUAGUGGUUACUAUAUAUUUUUUAUGUAAAUCAAACUUCAAAAUUUAGGAACAAACUAUUUGGAAACAUAGAUACUACUAUUAAGGGUAGUGAUUAGUCUAUGAUUUUAGGCCCAUUUAUAUGGCUUAAUAUCCAGUUUC